AUCAGUAAUCCACCUCACAGUCUAUUUCUAAUGUUUCUCAACGCGCACACACUGAAACUUCCUCAAACUCUGACUCCACCACUUCCCCUCGGACUUCCUCCUCACCAUCAGCCCGCCCACCCGUCUCACUGAUCCAGAUCCACAGACGCUCUCUCUGUCUCACACACUCCUCCAGCCGCAGCAGGACUGAGCGCAGCCCAAAGCCGGAGAGGAGCACCGAUGAGCGGCAGAACAUGGACGUCAUGUGUUUCUGAGCAAACUGUGUCCAUCUGAGGAACCUGAAGCAUCUGCAGCUGCAAAGACACUACCAAGACUCCACUGAGAAGACGCCUGAAGGUUUCUGACGCCAUGCAGACGGUGAAGUGCGUGGUGGUGGGCGACGGCGCCGUGGGCAAGACCUGCCUCCUCAUCUCCUACACCACCGGAGCCUUCCCCAAGGAGUACAUCCCCACCGUGUUCGACAACUACAGCAGCCAGGUGACGGUGGACGGACGGGUCAUCAGUCUGAACCUGUGGGACACGGCGGGUCAGGAGGAGUACGACCGGCUCAGGACGCUGUCCUACCCACAGACCAACGUCUUCGUCAUCUGCUUCUCCAUCUCCAGCCCCGCCUCCUACGAGAACGUCAAACACAAGUGGCACCCAGAGGUGUCCCACCACUGCCCCAGCGUUCCCAUCCUCCUGGUCGGCACCAAGAGCGACCUCCGGAACGACGUUGAGAUCCAGAGGAAGCUGAAGGAGCAGAACCAGACGCCCAUCACCAACCAGCAGGGCGCGGCCCUGGCCAAGCAGAUCCAGGCGGUGCGCUACAUGGAGUGCUCGGCCCUGAACCAGGACGGCAUCAAGGAGGUGUUCGCCGAGGCCGUCAGGUCCUACCUGAACCCGCAGCCCACCGUCAGCAAGAAGCCCUGCGUCCUGCUGUGAGCCCCCGGGCCGAGCUGCUCCGUCUGAGAGACUGCUCCCACAAUAUUUUACCCUUAUUUCUUCAGAUUUUUAGCCUUUAAUUAGAAAACAGGCAGGUUUAGGAGUGGGAUUAAAGUUUUUCCAGAAGCUCUGAUGCAAAGCGAAGGGCUGUAGUUUGAAAUGUGUGUAACUCUGCUGUGACCCGCGACCCGAUCUCAGCCCAUCAGAACCGUCUAUAAACCCGAGCUAUGGUCCGAAUCCUAACAGAACCGUCCUGGGAAUGAUCGAUCUCUGGGUGUAGAAAAGAAAUCGCCUCAAAUUUUAGUUUUAGUUUCACAAACAGGUUCAUUGGUCUGAAAUUAUCCCCAGAAAAAAGUCUUUAGGUUCAGAUUAGCAUCAACUUCCUGAGCAGGAGUGGUCGGGCUCGGGUGGAGACCGGUGCUGGUACCGGUACCGGUACCACCAGAACCGGCUUGGUUUCUACAGAGAAGGAAGCAGCACACAGAAUCACACACACACCGUUUACACGAACGCUCCUUUACCGCAAACAACAUUCAGUUUGAUCAGAUUUAUCAGAACCAAACCAAGAUGGAGCCGCUGUCUCCCCGUCCUCACAUUUAAAAUUAUUAAGACUAAAUGUUAAUAUUUCUGCCAAACACGUCGACACAAAACCAUCCUGGCGCAGAAACGGCUUCAGUCUGAGGGCUAAACAUCCGAAGCUAAAAGAUCAGCGCAGAAAAUGCUACAUGCUAACAUUUGACCAAGAGAACGCUGUUAACUGAUGACACUGUGAAACUUUGGUUUAUUGUUUAAAUGCAAAAUAUGGAAGAAAUGUCUGAUCUCAAACUGAAUGAUCCUGCAGGCUGGUUGUGGUUUUUUAGCUAAGCUGCUAGCGAGGCUAACGCCCUGAAACCAGCUCCACCACUCCAUUAGCUUAAUUCUUCUCUUAAAUUUUAUUGAUUAUUUUAUUGGUGAAUUAAUUUACAUUAUUUUAUUUAAGUGGACAAUGCAAUAAAAACACCUUUCAUGCA